CCUUGUUCUCCCUCUUAGACCGACUGUACAUUUGCAGUAUGGCUGAUAAGGACGACGGUUUUCAAUUUGGCCCCACAUUCGAGGUAACGGAACAUAUUAAAUCUACCUUUGAUGAGAGAGGCUAUAUUGUUGUCAGAAAUGUGUUUGGUGAUGAUGAAAUAUCUAAGCUAAAGGAGGCGUUGGAAAAAGAUGAUGGGAUUAAACAACAUGCCUAUGAGAUUGGAGACGGGGGUGGUGGCAAAGUGAAGCUGUGCAUCUGGAGCUUACCUGGACAGGACAUUACAGGAAUGGUUGCCAGGUGUGACAAGAUUGCUGGAACAAUGGAAAAGCUUUUUGGAGCAGAACUGUAUCACUACAGUUGUAAGCUUAUGAUGAAAGAAGCCAAAACAGGAGGACAACACACUUGGCACCAAGACUAUGGAUAUUGGUAUAAGGAUGGGUGUCUUUUCUCUGAUAUGGGCACUGUGUUUAUUGCUGUCGAUGAAAGCAAUAAAACAAAUGGAUGUUUACAAGUAAUUCCGGGUUCACACAAAUGUGGCCGCAUAGAGCACGUCAUAGUUGGUGGUCAAACUGGUGCUGAUACUGAGCGAGUGAAACAAGUUCAAAAUAAACUAGGACUUGAAUAUGUGGAGAUGAAACCUGGAGAUGCUCUAUUCUUUCAUUCAAAUCUUCUACACAAAAGCAAUGCCAAUAGCAGUGAAACCAGACGCUGGGCGUUCUUGGUAGCUUACAAUUCUGUCGACAACAAACCAUACAAUACUACUAAUCCACAUUUUAUAUACGAGCCACUAAAAAAGGUUCCCAACGAUGCUGUUUUGAAGUGCUCUGUCAGCGACAUAUCUGGGAAAGACUUCUGGAAUCCCCGUAAUGACAAAACGAUUGUUUAUGACGAUGAGCUUUAAAAAUGUACAGUCGCUGAACUAAAUCAAGACAACAUGGUGAUGUAAUUGACUGAUGAUGUUCCGACUGUCAAUAGUCCUGAGAUAGGCAUAAAUGAGUACGAAACCAACUCUAAUUAACAAUGCACUGAAGUAUUUUGGCGGUUUACGCGCAUGUAUCCCAGAACAUUUUCUAUGUGUACAAUAGUAUAUAGUUUCUCUAUAGCUGAAUAAAUCUGAUAUAAUAGACGUCACCCUUGUCA